CCCCUUGAGCUCACUUCCUCCGCGGGCGGCCCACGGGAGAAGGAGGAGGAGAAAGAGAGGCGUCCACGGAGACAGCAGCAGCCACGCGACCCCCGCCCCACGCACCCACCCAUGUCGGCCUCCGCAGAGCUGCUCCGCGGCCACCGCGCCCCUUUCCUGCAGACCCCUGAGCAGGUGGCAGACCAGGCGGGCCCCGGGGACGGAGGCCUGGCCGUGGCGGAGGAGGAGGAGGACCUGAUGGACGGCGGGGAGGAGGACCCCCGGGUCUGGACCCCGCAGGAGAAGUCCCUGCACGAGGCGCGGCUGAAGGCCAAGGCCAAGCGGCGGCUGCGGCGCACCUCCUCGCGCGACUCCAACCGGGAGUCCCUCUCGGAGGCCGGGGAGCCGGGCCCCGACCCCAGCAGCCCCAAGGACAAGAGCCACGACCGCAAGUCCCGCAUGGGCAAGGGCCGGGGGCUGCCCAAGAAAGGUGGGGCCGGGGGCAAAGGCGUGUGGGGAGCCCCCGGCGUGGUCUACAGCUACCAGGAGCCCGACGCCCGAGACCCCAACUACGACGAGGUGGCACAGGGCGACACGGUCUAUGCCACGGUGGUCCCAGAGCUGGAGGAAGGGGAGCUGGAGAAGACGGUGCAUCCCAUGGUCCUGGAGUACUUUGAGCAUGGAGACACCUUGGAGGUGGUGGAGCUGCUCCGGGAGCUGAACCUGGGGGGCAAGAAGGCGGCCGUCUCGUCCCUGGCGGUGUCCCUGUCCUUGGAGGGGAAGGCCAGCCACCGGGAGCUGACCUCCCGCCUGCUCUCGGACCUGGUGGGGAAGGUGCUCGGCCCCGAGGACAUCGCCACCGCCUUCGACGGGAUGCUGCACGACCUCCCGGACCUCAUCCUGGACACUCCGGAGGCCCCGCAGAUGCUGGGCCAGUUCAUUGCCCGGGCCGUGGCUGACCAUGCGCUGCCCCUUGACUUCCUGGAGCGCUACAAAGGGCGCGUCGACUGUGAGCACGCUCGGGCUGCCCUGGACCGUGCCGCUGUCCUCCUGCGCAUCAAGCGAGACGUCAACCGCCUGGACAACGUGUGGGGCGUGGGAGGGGGACAGAGGCCGGUCAAGCAUCUCAUCAAGGAGAUGAACCUCUUGCUUCGGGAGUACCUGCUCUCAGGAGACGCCUCUGAGGCCGAGCACUGCUUGCGCCAGCUGGAGGUGCCCCACUUCCACCAUGAACUUGUCUACGAGGCUGUGGUGAUGGUGCUGGAGUCUUCUGGGGAGACAGCAGUCGCCAUGAUGGUCAAGCUCCUGAAGAUGCUGUGGGAGACUGGGCUGGUGACCCUGGACCAGAUGAAUCGGGGUUUCCAGCGGGUGUACAAUGAGCUGGGGGACCUCAGCCUGGACGUGCCGCUGGCCCACACCAUCCUGGAGCGGCUGGUGGACCGCUGCUUCGAGGAAGGGGUCAUCACCAAGCAGCUGAGAGACACCUGCCCUGCCCGGGGCCGGAAACGGUUUGUCAGCGAGGGAGACGGCGGCCAGAUUAAGCAGUAACUGGACGGCAGCGCUUUCCGCCUUGCCCCCCACCCGCCAGCCCCACCGUGGCCCCAGCCUGUCAGGAGCCCCCACUUGAACGCCCCCAAAGCAGUGCCCCCAGCAGGCGGCCAUUGGGGAGGGUCUCAGGCUUGCAUCCAUACAGACUGGGAGGGGGCCUGAAUGUGGCUGGAGGGAGAGGCGGGCCCUUUGGCUCUCCCCUCUCCAGAUAUUGUCCCCCUCCCUCGUCUUGCUGCCAUCACCCCACACAUCUCAGGAAGGAAAGCGGGGAGCUUGGGGGUCCAGAGGGAAGAGGGAUGGGCUCCAUCCUUUCCAGGUCACCUACACCCAGAGACACCCCCCUCCAGCCAGUAUAUCAAACACACACAUCCUUCACCUGGUCUUGGCCCAGAAGUGGCUUAACCUGCUUGAAUCAAAACAGUGUGGGGUGCAGAUGGGGACGGAUUCCGGUUCCAGGGGCUCUGGUGCUGCUGGGGGCAUCUCAGGGUAUGCGCACAUGAGGAAGACCCUCUCCACCUAAGUCUUGAUGGGUCUGGGGAGAAAGAGAGAGAAGUAGGGCUGGAGGGAAGGGGCGGGCUGCUGUAAGCAAGGCUGUCAAGCAGGCAGCGGUGGCGGGGAAGGGGCGGCUCUUGUGGAGAACAAAAAUAAAAGAUGCACCCAAUGGG